AUGAUCAUUACCAUCGACGGUGGCCUGGAGACUCCGCUUGAGGGUUUGGCCGACGGUCUUGACCGUAGUGAGGGGGUGGGAGGCAAGGACCACCUGGACAAGCAAUUGGCGUUGCGAGAUGAAUGGCAGCUUAAGACGUUGCGGACUGCGGAGAUGCGAUUAUCCGAGUUGGAAGAGGUUCGGGCAAAAUGGACCCGCGCAGUCGUGAGUCUUCAGUCUCUCCGCGUCUCUGAGUCUCCGAGUCUGUCGACUGUCCGCCUUGCUUCAGGCGGGGGGACAGGAGGCGGGGGCCAGGCUCCGGGGACUAUGCGCCUUAGUCAGCACCAUCUGGACCCGUCACACUCAGGAGCCUGGCCUCAGGCUGGUCGGGCAAUGUACAUCGUGGCCGGCAGCCCCCCGGACUGA